AUGACCAUAUAUGGGCGUACAACGAGAAAAUUUGAUUUUGCGGACAGGGCUCUAAAUGUGCUUCAACAAAUUCUGCUUGACAUACAACAACUGGAAUUUUUACCAAAUGGCAUUAGUAUAGAAGCAGAAAUAAACGACGUCGUUGACAUCCUUUGCCCAAAAACAGUAAACACCACAGAAGGUCGUACAAAAGCAGAAUAUCAUACAUUUACCCAAGUUCCAUAUGAAAGCUACAAAACUUGCAAUUUAACAUAUGCUAAUAAGACAGACAAGACACUUUUGCGAUGCAAUAGGCCCUUUGUUGAAAAUAAGUACACAUUAUUGUUCCAAGCAUGGACACCGUACCCACGUGGAUCUACAUUCGAGGCAGGAAAAGAUUAUUAUUAUAUUACAACUUCAACUGGUACCGAGGAAGGAAUAGAGUCACGUGCAGGUGGUUUAUGCAAUUCACAUAAUAUGAGACUCAAGGUGCAUAUAAAAGCCACAGAGCCAGUUGGACCAACCCUACAACCACCACAGUCACAGCCACAGCCACGUUCCACAACUCCAAUAGUUCACACAACAACCAGAACAGCAAUUGAAACAUCAAAACCAGUCACAGAAGAAGUAAGACCUUCAAAAAAAUUGGAAUCAGCCAAUCCUAAAGACAUGCUAAGGGGCUCGGCCAACAUGUGUCAAGUGUCAUCGUUGCUCCUCCUCGUGUCGUGUCUGAUGGCCCGGGUCAGAUGGCACUAGUCUUGCCAUCACAACCAGAUUUUUUUUGUAAAAAGAUUGUAAAUUCCUGUAAAAUUAUACUUGGUGGAGACAUAUUUUGUAAGAAAAGUGCAAGAACUAUGGGAAAUGUUGUCUUAAAGCUUUGAUAACAAUUUUUCUUUUCAUAUUUAGCACCAAAUAAGAUGUAGUCCCAAAUUUUGAAUUUUAUUACUCAACAUAUUAAGCACUUUUCUUGCAAAACAUGCCACAAUAUAGAGAUAUAUCUUUUUUGUAUGAAAAAAAAAUAAAUGUAUUAACUGCAAAUAUUGUCUGUAUGUUGAUGUUUGAGAGAAAAUGAAGGAGACAAAGUGAGUGAUCUUUUGUACUUUUGUAAGUGUCAUAUUAUCCCAUUGCCUUUUAAAAUCUCAAGCAUUUUAAAGUGAGGUGCGUACCGAAGGUUUUUAGUAAUAAUGUGGCACGUUAUGCUUUGUAGAUGGGUGAUUUUAUUAUAUAUUGUAAUGUUUUUUAUUUUAUUUUAUUUUUUUGGUUUUUUUUUUUUUUGGUUUCUAUUUUUAAAUUGAAAAUAUGUAUGUUUAUAAUGCUGCUUUAAUGAAUGUUAUGCUGUUGAUAAUAGCACUGCGGUUUGUUCGCAUCCAAAGAAAAACAGAGUGGUUUAUAUCAAGCAAGCUUAGCAGUCAGAUAUUACAUGUAAAGCAACCAUACCUGUAGUUGUUCAGAUUAUUGGGCGAGACUUUUUUUAUACCUUGUUUUGCCAACUAGAUCGUCAGAGGAGGGUGGGGAAAAAAAUUAAAAUAUAAUUGUGUUUUCUUAUUUAGGAAAUGGUUUUGCCGAAAACAUCCAGACAGGAGAAAAUAAAAAUAGAAUUUUGUUGGUGAAUGUGAACAGUGUAGUGGUUAGAUGCUUUAAAUUUAUGUAAUUAUGAAGAAAUAUACAUAGGCCUAUCUUAUUUUUGGAGAUUGCAAGGCAGUGGCAGGUGUAAUAAAAAUAAAGAAAACUUAUUUUUUUCUGAAAUUUCUAUUUUUUGUGGCAGUGGGUGCGCUAAUUGGCCAAAAAUAAAAUGUAUUUAUUCGUAACCAUCAUUAUUGGCAGGAGGCAGAUUCGCUAAACAAGGUAUUAAAAAAAGUCUCGCCUGAUUACUGUAGUUAGAUAGAAAUAAGGAUUUUACAUCCUUUUGUUUUUUUAACCACCCACGUUAAAAUUAUAAUUUGGUUUUGUUCAUUUGUGUACAUCGUAGCAUCAUUGAAAUUAGGGUCAAUGCAAGUUCACAGUCAGAAAAUAUUCAUGAAAAAAAUAAUUACAGAUUUUGAAUAAGGAUUCAUAAUGGGAUAGAUAUGUAGUCAUAUUCAGAAAUUAUUAUUAUUAUACAAAAAUAUUAUUGGGACAUAAACACAAGACACUUUUCUUUCAAUAUAUAUAGCAUUUUGUUGUUAAUUUGGUGCACAAUUGUUAAAUUUAAGAAGAUGUAAAUUUAUUCAUAAUUUAUUUAAUGUUUGUACAUAUUGGCUUCGGAAGCAUUCUACUAAUAAAUAUUACUGUGUAAGAAUGAUAAAGUUUGUUUUCAACCAUUUUAUGUAAUGAUUUUAAUAUUUGUAUAAAAUAACAUAUGUUUAUUCAGUAACAGAUGUGUUAUUGGAUAGAGCUCAAUCAGAAAAGAAUAUUUAGCAAUUUAUAUUUUUCUGAGUUGAUCCUAAUAAUUAGAAGCACACUUUGACUUAUUCUUUUGAGAUGAUCCCAAAAAUGAGAGGAAAAAAUAUGAGAUUCUUUUUUCACCAUUAAUAGAACAAAACAUUAUAAAUAGAAAGGUACCUUCAUUUAUAUACAGCUUGCUCUGGAACAAAUAUUAGAAAUCAAACAUUAAAGAAGUUUAAUGGUUUUAUUCAAUGUUACAGAAUUCUGCCCACACUAUCAAUCAAACUUUGUGUGACAAACACUGUGAUUUACCCAUAUAUGGGUAUGAUAUGACAUCAUGCCCAUUUAUGGGUAUGAUAUGACAUCACAAUUUCCAUAUAUGCAUAUGACAUGAGAUCAUCAUACCCAUAUAUGGAUAUGAUAUGAUAUAAUAUGACAUCACCAUGCCCAUAUAUAGGUCUGAUAUGAGAUCAUCAUACCAUGAUAUGAUAUGACAUCACCAUGCCCAUAUAUGGGUAUGAUAUAACAUCAUCAUGUCCAUAUAUGGAUGUGACAUGACAUCAUCAUGUCCAUAUAUGGAUGUGACAUGACAUCAUCAUGUCUAUAUAUGUGCAAUUCAUACAAAUGUGUCGCAUAAAAUUGGAUAGUGUGGACAAAGCUUUAGUUUGACAGACUUCUGAUGUUUCAACUUCAAAAUGUUGCGUGGUCAAAUUGUUGGCAGUUCAAUGGUCUGUAUUUUGAUUAUAAAAGAAAAUACUUUAGAAAUAAAAUUAACUUUGGUCAUAUUCUUUUUAAAGAUUGAAUAUCUUGAUAGGUUAUGCUAUAGAAAUUAUAAUGAAUUCAAGUUCAGUUGUUGGGCUACUGUAUACUCAUCAAAACAUAGAAAGCUGUUUUCUGAUCUGAAAGUGACUUAUGAAAUUACUAAUAGAAAGUAAAAUUUUAUUUUUACACUGAUAAAAUAAUGAUGAAAUUUUGACAUUUUAAUCAUCUUUUCACAAACUAUUUUAUUAAAGAUAUUUGGUUUUAUAUUUAUUAAUUGAAAAUAUCAAGUUUCGUCUUGAAUUUAUGCUUAUGUUUUAAUUUUGUUAUCUCCCUAUAUGUUACCUGUAUAUUGUUGUUAGCAUUUAUUUUGAUUGUUUAUGAAUCUAGUAGUAGUUUAUAUUGUACAAUAAUUCACAACAAAUUUACAGCACUUGUAACUUUUCAGUUAUAUAUUCACAACCUAAUAUUUGUUAUUAUUGUUUACUAUAUACACUGACUAAAUCGAAGAAUAGAAACCUUUACCAAACUUCAAAAUCGUCCAAGCAGCAGACUAAUUUUUUUUUUAUGUAUUUCAGAACUAAAAACCUAUUUUCAGCAAAUAGAUUGUGAUAUAAAUUUCAUUACUGAUGAAAAUUUUCAAAGCUUUCUGGACAUAUAGGUGAUUGUUAGCAUUGUCAAACAUGUCUUUUAUACAUAGAGAAUAACCAUAUUUGAAAGCUAACGUUUUUGUAACUUUCUAAAAAUAUAUGUUGGUUAAAAAGGACAAAGAAGUUGUAAUUAAUAUCAUGUUGUUGAAACCUUUCAAAUUGAGUUGUAAUGAAUUUUCUUAUAUAAUCAACUAAUAUUUGUUUAAACUCUCAACAAAUGUUAAAUAUGGCUCUGAGAAAUUACAACAAAUUGUGGUUGAAGAAAGUACUGAUUAUCAAAAAUAAAAAAUAAACAACUUUUUAUGAUAA